GAAUAUUCUGCGAAUAGCAGCAGUGUUUUUCUUACGUACAGAUAUAACCUAACCUCAAAUUUCAUGUGGUGGUAGGCAAGGCAAGCUCCUCCACCUUGAAGUUUGAUCGAGUAGGAGUAGAGUAGUUUCCCCGUCAACUGCAUCGCAAGUUCUGUUAAGAUGAUAACCCCUCGCUUUAACAUAGAUCAAACCGAGACUGAUCUAAUCUUCACAAUUCAAGCUCCCUAUGCUAGUAUUGCUGAUGCUGAGAUCUACGCAGACUUGGAUACCUUCUGCUUCUAUGCUUCACCAUAUUACCUGCGAGUCCAUCUUUCUGGUCACAUUGAAGAAACGGAUGCUUCUAAGGGAAGCUAUGAUGCUGAUAAUGGAACAUUUACCAUAUGUGUUCAAAAAGUCAAUAAGGGGGAGCAUUUCCAAGAUCUGGAUUUCCUCACUGCACUUCUCACUCCUAAUCAAUCUAAAAAACAUGACUUAUCCCGACCUGUUGUUGAAGUCAUCAGCAAUGAAAAUUUAGAUUCUGUGGAGGAAGAUUGUAGUGAUGGAGAAAGUAAUGAAUGGUAUAUUGAGCAAUGCCCAUAUGAAGAGCCCUCAGAGGCUUUUUUACUCUCAGCACCUCAUUAUGGAUUCGCCAACAAAAUAUCUGGAGCGUUUCAAAAUUUUAAAACUGAGUUUUUAGAAGUGAUUGAUCUCCCUGAUCCUGAUCAAACACCAAUAUCCGAGAGAUCAAAGCUGCGCACCGAACGUGAACUGGAAGAUUUUAGUGAUGACCAUUAUUUAGCUGACUGGGCCCAACCAGAUAUAAUUGAACCAAUGUUAACUUUCAAAGCACUGUGGGAAAAUGGCUCUGAAGCCUCCUUCUUGGAUGAUGAAAAAGAUGUAUUAAAAGACCUGCCAAAGAAGGAGUUCUUGUUGGAUAAGCGAGAAGAGCAUAUGGUCAGCUUAUCUUUAAUUGACAUACUUUAUUCAUAUGCUUAUAACGUCCGUUCGACAAUGGGUGAAAACACUGUAGAAUCAGCCUGGGCAGUUAAUAAAUUGAGCGGGACUCUAAGCUGGUUAACGAGCUUCAAUACACUGAAAGAAGUAGUAAUCGUUGCUGUACGCAGAAGCUUGUGUUACCCCCUCUAUAGACACUGGGACCUGUCCAUGAAAGUUUUGGACGAUGUCAAGAGAAUAUUAACAUUAGGGAAAAAACAAAUUCUAAAGAGUUUAUUGGAACUUCAUGCACUGUUUAGCAACAGUGAGCCACGCUAUAUUUUAAAUCAACUUUACAUCAGAGACUAUUGUAUAUGGAUUCAACAUGUUUCAGAUUCUUUUCUCAAGUCACUCUUAGUUGCUAUCAAUAAGGUUGAGCUAAGUAAAGCUGAUGUUGCAUUGGAUUUGGAGGAGCUUGAAACAGCCGCCAGACUGGUACAAAUGGAGGAAGAAGCUUCUAAAAUCAUCCACAAGAAUAAAAGUGAGGAAUUAAUAUGCAGGGAAAUUUCUUCUCUCAUUAUCUCCAAAGACAACACUGAUGGAAGCAGAUCUUCAUCUGGUACUUCAGAUUCUGAAGAUGACUCCUCUUCCUCAGACAAUGACGACAGUUCAUCGAGUUCUUCUUCAGAAUCUGAUUUGGAUUCUGAUGACCUAUCAGAUAUUGAACCUAACAUAACAGCUGUCUAGUGGAUCAUUUCCCUCUCUUCCCCUUCUCAUUAAAAAUAUCAGGAUUAUUA